CACGAUCCAAGCCAAGCAUGUACACAAAAAUGUUUCCGUGGUUUCGCACAUGUGGGUGAAGUGGUGGAUGUGUGUGACAGAGGUACUCUAGGUUUUGCUUAACAAUGGACACCUCCGACUUCUUUAGAAAAUUAUGUGUCGGUGUAAACUUCGAUGUUCGAAAAUUUAAAAAAGAUGCAGAAAGGUUUGAGAUAAUAAAAACCAAGCGGACAGGCGAACAUAAAAGCGUAGAACCUGCGCAGUCAAGCGGCACAACCACCGCAAACGUUACUCAAAACCAAGAUCCACCAGAACCGGCGAAUGAUAAGUCAAAAAAGAAGAAGAAGGUUGGUAACACUGAAGCACAACGUUUCGAGGAGGUCUGUCGGCUACGGAAAAGCUACGGGAUUAAGGUGAAGGGCUCUGAUGUACCUUAUCCUGUGACUUGUUUCGACGACCUAACGAAGAGGUACAAAGUGCCGGCGUGGCUGCUGAAUAAUGUCCGUUCCUUGGGAUACGCAGAACCAACUCCUGUUCAGAUGCAGGCGAUUCCAGCUAUGAUGGAACGAAGAGAGCUAAUGUGUUGUGCUCCCACUGGCUCGGGCAAAACGGCAGCAUUCUUAAUCCCACUUGUGCACCACCUGAAGCAACCCUGUAAGGUGGGUUUCAGGGGUCUCAUCGUGGCACCGACACGAGAACUUGCUCGGCAGACAUGUCGUGAAUGCCUGGCACUUUGUGAAGGUUCGGGCCUCCGAGUUUAUGUGCUCAGCAAGACUGAUGCUGCCAAGAGAAGUCUGGGCACAAAAGCAAAAUUUGAUAUCCUGGUCACAACUCCAAAUCGUCUCGUGUAUCUUUUGAGGGAAGGCAUCAUUUCACUGAAAUGCGUUGAGUGGCUUGUUGUGGAUGAGUCUGACAAACUUUUUGAAGCUGGUCAGCAGGGCUUUAGGGAUCAACUAGCUGAGAUAUACAGGGCGUGCUGUGGGGCCAAACUGCGCCGUGCCCUCUUCAGUGCAACAGCAGCAUCUGAGCUCGAGGAGUGGUGUCGACUCAAUCUUGAUGCCUUGCUCAGUAUUUAUAUUGGACCAAGGAAUUGUGCAACUGAGGCAGUGGAGCAGGAACUAAUGUUCGUGGGCGAUGAGUCUGGAAAGCUGACAGCAUUUCGAGACCUUGUGCGAAAGGGCCUGCAGCCCCCUGUCCUGGUCUUCACACAGAGCAAGGAGAGAGCCCGAGAGCUGUUCGAUGAGCUCAUCUACGAUGGCAUCAAUGUUGACGUUAUUCAUUCUGAGCGGACGCUUACGCAACGUGAUAACGUGAUUCGAAGCUUCCGCUCUGGAAAGAUCUGGGUUCUCAUCUGCACGGAUCUCAUGGCCCGUGGUAUUGAUUUUAAGGGUGUAAGCCUGGUUUUGAACUACGAUGUCCCACCUUCAGUUGUCUCCUAUGUCCAUCGUGUCGGCCGCUCAGGGCGAGCAGGACAUAGGGGACGCGCAGUGACAUUUUUCACAGAACAGGAUGUGGUGAACAUCAGAAGUAUAGCAAGGGUCAUUGCUGAAGCAGGAUAUGAAGUGCCCCAGUAUCUCCUGGAGCUGCCACGUCCUUCCAAAAACCAGAAGAGGGACCUCCUGAAACGUGGAAUAAAACGGCACCACAUAUCUACCUUACCUAAGGAUGAGCUAGCCAAACAGAGGCACAAGAGGAGAAUCAUUGAAAGAAGCAGGAAGCAGAAGAAGCAGAAGCUGACUGGUGAUAAAGGGUAGCUUCAGUGUGCUCUGCAUAGGUCAUAUGAACAGUGCCUUUUUAACCAACAAAAAAUAAAGUUUGCAAAAACUUU